CUACGCUCUACGCUGGCAGUGUAGCGAUGUGCUCUCGUGGGUUAAGUAGCUUUUUCGACGACUUGGGGCCAGAGCAACUAUUCUUGCCGGUCGAGGAACGAGCUCCUACACCUCUUCUCAGGAGCGAAAGUCCUACAUAUCAUCUCCAAAAUGGAAAUCAUCUCGUUUUUCAAGGCAAUGAGGAUAGAAUUCAUGAACUGUCCAAUGAAAUAUCGGCACCUUACGAGGUACCUCAGUUUCCAAUCGAGCAGAUUGAAAACAAACUAGCAAGUCAAAAAAAGAUCGCAUCCAAGUUUGACAAACGCAGCCACUUUGAACCAUCUCCUGACUUGUCUACCAAAGAUUUAGAUUUUGACAAGCAGCUUAAAAUUGAAGAACAUGAUUAUAUUCCUGAUUAUCAAAGGGUUGCAGUGAGUGGAGAAGAUACUAGCGGGGUUCCUAUUGAGGAUCUCGAGAGAGCUUCUAAAAUGCUUGUAGAAGCUUUAAGGAUCAGGGAAGAAUAUAUGUCAAGAUCUUAUCAGACUUUUCCAUUGCUGACAUCUCGUUUUCUACGCUCAAUUCACAGGAAGGAUUAUAUGUCAAAUUGUGUAGAGCAUGAUGAUAAAAUGUCGAUCGAAGAUCAUCCAGUGCAUGCUCCAUCUAAUGAAGGUGAUCCAUGGGAAUGUGAAACGCCACCACCUUCCAACUAUGUCAUAAAAUGUAAGUUAGGAGUUUUUCAAGUCUAUCAGAAUAAUGAAGCAGCUGCUGCAGAUAAGCCUUUGAACUAUGAGUACCCUGACCUCGCAACUUUUGUUUUGGACAUGAACAAACUCAAUACAAUGAUCGCCGAUGGCCCUUUAAAAUCUUUUUGUUACCGUCGACUGAGUUAUCUUUCAUCUAAGUUUCAACUUCAUGUACUCCUUAACGAGUUAACAGAACUAGCAUCCCAAAAAGCAGUCCCUCAUAGAGAUUUCUAUAAUAUUCGCAAGGUUGACACACAUAUUCAUGCAGCAUCGUGCAUGAACCAAAAGCACUUGUUAAGAUUCAUUAAAAAAACGCUGAAAACAAACAAGGACGAGGUGGUAACUGUCUCUAGGGAAGGGCCAAUGACAUUGCAGGAAGUAUUCAAGUCAAUGAAUUUGACAUCCUAUGAUCUGACUGUAGAUAUGUUAGACGUCCAUGCUGACCGAAACACGUUUCACAGAUUUGACAAAUUUAAUGCCAAAUAUAAUCCUAUUGGAGAGAGUAGACUGCGUGAAGUGUUUUUAAAAACAGAUAAUUAUUUGAAUGGAAAGUAUUUCGCUGGCAUUAUAAAGGAGGUGUCUUCCGAUUUAGAAGAAAGCAAAUACCAAAAUGCCGAAUUGCGUUUGUCUAUCUACGGAAAAAAUAGUGAUGAAUGGGACAAGUUAGCCGCCUGGGCUAUAAAUUAUAAUGUGUAUAGUGAUAAUGUGCGAUGGAUUAUUCAGAUUCCACGUUUAUUUGAUAUUUUUAAAUUGAACAACAUCAUGUCAACGUUCCAGGAGUUUUUAAAUAACGUUUUUCUACCCCUAUUUGAAGUGACUAAUGACACCAGUACCCACCCAGAGUUACACAGAUUCCUGCAAUAUGUGAUAGGAUUUGACUCAGUAGAUGAUGAAAGUAAACCAGAGAAUCCUCUGUUUGAUAAAGAUGUGUCAACUCCUGGAGAAUGGAAUGACGAGGAAAAUCCUCCAUAUGCCUACUAUCAAUAUUACAUGUAUGCAAAUCUAACAGUGCUCAACCAUUUCCGAAGGGAAAAAGGCCUCAACACAUUUGUUUUGAGACCACAUUGUGGCGAAGCUGGUCCUGUUCAGCAUUUAGUGUGCGGAUACAUGAUGGCCGAAAAUAUAUCUCAUGGUCUUCUUCUAAGAAAGGUUCCAGUUUUACAAUAUUUGUACUACCUUGCACAAAUUGGUAUAGCAAUGUCUCCGCUGAGUAAUAAUUCACUGUUCCUUAACUACCAUAGAAAUCCACUCCCAGAGUAUUUGGCGAGAGGACUUUGUAUUUCUUUAAGUACUGAUGAUCCGCUUCAAUUUCAUUUUACAAAGGAACCUUUAAUGGAGGAAUACAGCAUUGCUGCACAAGUUUGGAAACUGAGCUCGUGUGAUAUGUCUGAGUUGGCAAGAAACAGUGUUUUAAUGAGUGGUUUUCCACAUAAGAGCAAACAAUAUUGGCUGGGCCCGAACUACACCAAAGAAGGAGUUGCUGGUAAUGAUAUCACUCGCACGAAUGUACCUGAUAUAAGAGUUGCAUUCAGACAUGAAACCUUAGUUGAUGAAUUAUCAAAUAUUUUUAAAGCAGUAGAAACUGAAAUAAUUUAAAAAUAAAUAAAAGAGUUCAAAUUUCAUAAUUAUAUUUUUUAAAUUUGAACUAGUUCAUUUAUUUUUAACAAUGUUUAGUACCUGAAUUGAAAAAUAAUAAAAAUUAUUAUAACUAUAAAAUGUAUUAACUACAGAUAUAUUAUAUUUUGUGUAAGAUUAGCUAUUGAUAUACUAAUGGAAAUACCUACAAAUAAUCAGGUAAAACAUUGGCAUAUCUAUUUUAUUUCUUAUUGCUUUUAUGUUUUGUUUUUUGCCUUCAGUAAAUAUGUAGAAUUGGGCAAAAUCCAAGUUGCUAAUCUUAAUGUUGUAACAUUAUAUUUAUUGUGAAUGUAUUUUAGCUAAAUAUAUAAGCUAAUUCGUUGUUUGACUGUUUUCCCUUUCUUCAAAAUCACCUUGUUCUAUUAUCACCUAAAAAAAU